AUGUCCUCCUCUCUUUCAUAUGUUAAUGCAUCGCAAACGGAUAACUGUGAGUGGACAAUUUCCGUAACAAAUUGUUUUGGUCAAGAAUACUUUCAAGUCGUAUAUGGAGUUACAACAUAUUUAUCGCUUUUUGUGCUCUUAAGCUCUGUGUGGUUGUUAUUAUGGCGUCUUUAUCGCAGUCAAAGUGUGACGUUGUUUAGCACAAAAGGUUUCUUAUCAUUAGAAGGUUAUCUAUUCACACAGAUAUUCUGGAGUUUUGCUCGAGUGAUUAGCAGCCUUAUACUAAUCAAUGAUUGGUUCCCUGAGCAAUGGAUCAUACGUGAAAUCGUAAUAGAACUAAUGUGGUUUCUUGGAAUAGUUUCCGUGGCAACCUAUCUAGCAGGUGUAUUACGUACAAUUCCACGAAUGCAUUUCUAUAGACAAAAUACACAUUAUAAGCAUGCUUUACAUCUUCCAACUUUACGUGGCAUAGCGAGUAUAUAUGUAUCGUAUGUUUUGGUGCUUGGUAUAAUUAGGAUUACUUGUGCCGCAUUUAUAGGAUAUCAUCGUCAAUAUCCAACUGAAAAUUCUGCUACAAUGAUUAAACAUUUAAUUACAGUAUAUUAUUGUACUUGCUCCAUAAGUACUUUAUUAGUAACUAUUGGAUUUAUAAUUUAUGGUAACAAAUUGGUUGGAAUCGCUAGCGAAGGUCUACAUUUAUUAGAAGGUGUUAGUGGUUAUCCUUCCUCACCAAGGAAAAGUUCUCGAUUCAGCCAUAAUAUUAAACAGAAUACCUAUAGUGGUAUUAGUGCAGAAUUGGAAGUAAAGCACAAAAAAUUACAACGUUCUGUAAGAAAAAUGCGUGUAAUCAAUGCGGCAUUUAUUCUAAGUUUUGCGACUUUAUGUGUUAUUUUAGGUUCGUCUGCCUUCUUGUAUGAGCAAAUCUUUAAAAAUAUCGAAAUUAGCAAAAUAUUGGCAGCUAUUACAAAUUGGAUGCCAAUGAUACUGAACGUUAGCGUAAUGGCCGGAAUCGCCUAUGGUGAAAUGAGAGUACCUGACGGUUCAGAAUCACGAUUUGAUAAUCAGAUAAUGCCAACAGGUUCAACCUCAACAUCCGCUACACCACAAUCUCCCACGAUAGAACGUAUUUCUUCUGAAACAGGAAGUUUAUUUCAUUCACGUAAUAAUUCGACAGACUCCGAUGUUUCCCUAUUACGUCGGCCCGCUCCCGUUGCCACAUUUUCAUCUCGAAGAGGUUCGGCACAAUUAGAUUCUUCUCCAAAUACUACAUCGUCUACAUAUAUGGUUAUUGGUUCUUCUCCUUUAACAACAUUUACAACAUUUUCCGUAUCUUCACCAUCCGAUGCAUCAAGUAAAGAAAAUAUAUCGAUAUUCGUAUUACCUUGA